AACCGCAGGACUCUGCUUCCUCUGCAGGGAGCCAUCGUCGCAGUGACGGGUGAUGGCGUUAACGACUCUCCAGCUCUGAAGAAAGCCGACAUUGGCGUCGCCAUGGGAAUCGCUGGGUCUGACGUCUCCAAGCAGGCAGCUGACAUGAUCCUGCUGGAUGACAACUUUGCCUCCAUUGUUACCGGAGUGGAAGAAGGUCGUCUGAUCUUUGACAACCUGAAGAAAUCCAUCGCCUACACUCUGACCAGUAACAUCCCCGAGAUCACCCCCUUCCUCUUCUUCAUCAUCGCCAACAUCCCUCUGCCUCUGGGCACUGUCACCAUCCUCUGUAUCGACUUGGGAACAGACAUGGUUCCCGCCAUCUCCCUGGCUUAUGAAGCAGCCGAGAGUGACAUCAUGAAGAGACAGCCCCGAAACCCCAAAACAGACAAACUGGUUAACGAGAGGCUCAUCAGCAUUGCCUACGGUCAAAUCGGGAUGAUCCAGGCGCUGGCCGGGUUCUUUACCUACUUCGUGAUCCUGGCUGAGAACGGCUUCCUGCCCUCCACCCUGGUAGGGAUCCGGGUCAACUGGGACAACAAGUACAUCAACGAUCUGGAGGACAGCUAUGGACAGCAGUGGACCUACGAGCAGAGGAAGAUUGUGGAGUUCACCUGCCACACGGCUUUCUUUGUCAGCAUCGUCAUCGUCCAAUGGGCCGACCUGAUCAUCUGCAAGACCAGGAGGAACUCUGUGUUCCAGCAGGGCAUGAAGAACAAGAUUCUGAUCUUCGGCCUGUUUGAGGAGACGGCCCUUGCUGCCUUCCUCUCCUACUGCCCAGGCAUGGACGUCGCCCUCAGAAUGUACCCUCUCAAACCCAACUGGUGGUUCUGCGCCUUCCCAUACUCCCUGCUCAUCUUCAUCUAUGAUGAAAUCCGUAAACUGAUCCUCAGGCGAAGCCCGGGAGGCUGGGUGGAACGAGAGACCUACUAUUAAAGACCCACAAAUCCAGUCCGUUCGCAUCUUGUCCUCCACUCCUCCUGUCUUUGCAUGAAUAUUGUCUUGCUGCUCGGAAUAAAAAUUUUAACCUCUGUGACAAAUAAAUUGGAACGUGUUUUUAUAUUAGGGAAUGCUUGAUACUACCAUUAGAUCAAUACUGAGAUGAAAAAUGCUGAUGAUAAUGUUGAUAAAUGACAAUGCUAAUGAUGACAUGAACACUGAACAUUGACAUGACUAUGUGUGCCUUGUUUCUGAAACAGGACCAAUUUUAUACAUGUUUUUAACAGUUAUGAACGUUCAAUAAAAAUGCACUCGAGUCGGGUCCCAAAAA